UAAAGGCAGCCGGGGCCCAGGCGCUGCUGCAGCCUGCAGAGCCCGGGAGUGUUGGGCAAUUGUGGUUUCCUCUGAGCGACGCUGCUCGGCGUGCCGGCCCUGCCCGGGCGCCCGGGGGGCCUUGUCUGAUCGGGCAUGGAGGACACGGUCGUGCGGCCCUCUGUGUUCGUGGUGGACGGACAGACAGACAUCCCAUUCAGGCGACUGGGGCAGAGCCGCAGGAGACGGUGCUGCAGCCCCGCGCGGCUCAGCCUGGCUCUCCUGCUGCUGCUGCUGGGGGCCGGGUUGGCCGUCCAAGGCUGGUUCCUGCUGCAGCUUCACUGGCGCCUGGCGGAAGCGAUCACCCGCCUGCCGGACCCAGACACAGGCUCCCGGGAGACACUGAGGCAAGAGCAGAGAGCCCACCAGGCCAACCCAGCAGCACACCUCACAGGGGCCAAUGCCAGCUUGACGGGCAGUGGGGGCCCACUGCUGUGGGAGACGCGGCUGGGCCUGGCCUUCCUGAGGGGCCUCGACUACCGCAAUGGGGCCCUGGUGACCACCAAGACUGGCUACUACUAUGUCUACUCCAAAGUGCAGCUGGGCGGCAUUGGCUGCCCCCAGGGGCCAGCUGGUGGCUUUCCCAUCACCCAUGGACUCUACAAACGCACACCCCGCUACCCCGAGGAGCUGGAGCUGCUGGUCAGCCGGCGGUCGCCCUGUGGACGGGCAAAUAGCUCGCGCCUCUGGUGGGACAGCAGCUUCCUGGGCGGCGUGGUGCACCUGGAGGCGGGGGAGGAGGUGGUCGUGCGGGUGCCGGACGAGCGCCUGGUGCGGCUCCGCGAUGGCACCCGGUCCUACUUCGGGGCUUUCAUGGUGUGAAUGCGAGCGGUGAAGGCGGAAUGGGUACCCGAAAGGCCGAGACCCCGCAGGGCCCCAAGGAAGCCAGGACUCAGAGGCGGGGCCCAGUGAGCGCCACCGGGGCGAAGCCUCAGCCCGCCAGAGCGAAGACCCACAGGCCCCCAAAGGACCCACGUGGACCGCGGAUCUGCCGGGACAGCAGGAGGACAGAGGCCCCGACUCAGGGGUCGGGAGGCCCGGAGGGGGGCUGGACUGGUUUGCCUGAUAUUCAGGAGGAGGGGAUACGGGUAUUUAUACUUUCGAUCAGGGAGAAGUGGGGACUUGGGGCUCCCGGGACUGGGGCUGGAGGCGGGGCACCUCGGGACCCCCCCUGGUCCAGCGUGGGCAGGGGAUUGACCACAGGACUCUCCGCGUGGAGAGCUCAGUCACAGUCACAGCCCCGGUCUCAGUGACGUCACACCCUCGGGUCUCGCCCACGGACUUGCAGCCUUUACCAGUUACCAUGGGUUACGGCCUCACCACGGCCAUUUCCAGCUACCACGUAGCAUCAGCCAGCUGACAUCCUUCACCGCCAAGCAAACACAUCCAGGGAGGACACCGCCCCGGCCCGGCCGGCACCCGAUGUGGCACAGGGCCAGCGGCUCAGGGAAAGGACGACGGGGCAGGGGCAGCUCUGGCCUCGGGCAGAGGCCUCCACCACCCCAGUGGUGCUGCUCACCAUGCAGAGUCACGCACAACCGCAUGGUCCCACCAAGACCAGUCGCCACCCCCCAACAGCGUGAUGCUGCGUGACACUCACGUAGGACACAAGCAGGCAGCACCCACAGCCAGCACACAGUGUUAGGGUCACACAUGGAUGUUCAUGGCAUCAGACACCCACAGCCACGUCCCGGUGAGACCUGGUUCCUCACAGUGACCGAAGGGCCACAUCACACACACAGCCUGGGGUUCCUGCCCAGCAAGACUCACAUCCUGGGCUUGGCACCUUGCCGGAGCCCUCAGCCCCUGGACCACUGCUCCUUGAAAUAAA